UAUGGCAUAAAUGCAGAAAUGAUCUCAUUGAAAGAAGCACAGGAAAAGUGGCCAUUUAUGAGAGUCGAUGAUUUAAAGGGCAUAUUGUGGAUGCCAGAUGAAGGAGUUAUCAGCCCAACUGACGUGUGCACUAUGUUAGCUAGAGGAGCCACCAAUCAAGUGGGCCAGAGAAUUAGGUUUGAUUAUCGUACCAAUCAAGGUACAUUCGGUAAACCCCAUUGGUUUAAAAACGUGGAGGAAGAGUGCAAAGCAUGUCGGGAUACUGUUGCUGUGGUAGACUUGACCUGCUUUGGCUUGUUCGAAUUAGAGUCGCAAAAUACAUCUGAAAGUCUCGAGCUUCUACAGUCGUUGUGUGUCAAUGAUAUAGACAUACCUAUUGGACAUGCUAUACACACGUCCAUGUUGAAUGAGAUUGGAGGGUACGAGGUACAAUGUACUGUCAUCAGAAGAGCUAAAAACAGGUUUUUAAUUGUUACCAAGCCCACCCUAACAACACACACUGAGAGCUGGAUCUCACGCAACAAGGACCCAAAUAGUGACAUCACGAUUACAGAUAUCCAAUCAAAUUGCUCCAUUCUUGGAAUUUUGGGGCCAAACUCUCGUGAGGUUUUACAGCAGCUGACGCUCUCUUCGUUGGAAGGUGAUGACUUUCCUCUAGAUUCGUUGCAGGUAUUGGACCUAGACUAUGCUUCUGACCUCAUUUUUCUGCACACGUCAGAUGUUUAUGGUUCAGGCUCAGGAUGGCAACUGUUCGUAGACAAUGAUCAAGUGGAGACCCUGUACAACCAUCUAAUGUCUACAGGGAAGGAGUAUGGCAUACGUAACAUGGGCUGGUAUGCUCUUAAUAACAUAAGUAUAGAAAAAGGAUUACCAAUGAUAGGAGAGGAACUUGUCCCGUCUAUCACGCCCUAUGAUGUUGGACUGGAUUCGUCAAUUGAUUAUAAUAAGACAUUUAUAGGAAAGAAUGCAUUACUAGACCUGAAGGACAAGUCCUCCUCCUCCAGUAAAAAGCUUGUCCAUAUGGUGGUCAAAAAACAUGACGACGACUGUAUCCCRUGGGGAGGAGAGACAGUCGUUCAUGACGGUGACGUCAUUGGUCAUGUGACGUCAACAGCUUUUGAUUUCAAGCUCGGUCAUCCAGUUUGUCUAGGAUUUAUUGAAAGCAAAGGAGAGGCAGUUGAGGAAAAUCGCCUUGAAAUUAAUAUUGCUGACAAGAUGUAUCCCGUACACAUAGUGAAAAACAAUUAGGAAGCAUGGAAUACGAAAGUAAUGUUGAGGUUGAUGGUAAACAGUUGCCAUAACGACUAGAAAAUUUAAUAAAAGUAAUAAUCAGAGUAAUAAUAAUUUUUUUAUUAUGAUGACAGUGGCGAUAAUCAUGUUGAUUUUGA